AUGUCAGAGAACCACUUGAUGCGUAAACAACUGACUCAAAAUAGUCGAAAGAAGUUUGUAUUUUGUUUGUUUUGUCAUUGCUAUUUACUGUUCAAAAGGAGGCACAGUUCACCCCUUCCGUUCUAUUGGCGUUGUAGGGCCGUUGUAUGCAAUAAGUAUCGCGUUGUAAGGGGUCUGCAAUUACGAUAGCCCUAAUCCAAACGCUAAUCCUAACCCCAAUCCUGACCCCUAAACCCCAAAGCUUCAAACUACAUAUCGUCUGCGGAGGGGAGUGUCCCACACUGGGGUACAUCCCCCCCCCCCCCCCGAAAGAUGUUUUAAGAACUUCAGUAUCGUGUUGUACGUCUUGCACGGAAUCUACUCGGUGGAAGAAAGAAAAUUUAUAUCCUUUUAGUCUUAUACUUAAUUUCAUAUAAAGUUUCAUGGGUGCACUACAAUCAACCUACAGUAGCUACUCAUGCAACAAUGUCAAGAUAUUACCGUACUUUGGUCACCACUACUGUGCUCAGCCAAUGCUCUUUUACUGGCAGAAAAUGAUUGACAUUUCCUUCUCAUUCCAGAAAAGAUAAAAGAGUUAAACAAGACAACAGUUCAUCAGAUUCUGCGGAUUGUAAGCCAGAUGAGAAAGUGAAAAAAUCCAAACAAAACAGACGAGUGGUGCAUAUAAAGGAUAGUACACCAACAUUUAGCAAUAAUAACAAUAAUACCCCAGUUGCAACGCAAGUUGUUGAGGUGAGUGUGUUAUGGAGUAUAUAUAGACGCACAUGCAGGCGGAAAAAAAUACGAACACGUUUCGUAUACAGACGCGUGGAAAUAAAGUCAAUUUAAAACUAUAUUUUAAAAAAAUAGAGAGGUAUUUACAAGUGUUUCUGGGAUUUCGUUCUUUAAGAUACAAUAUAUGUGCAUCUUUAAUUGAAAAAAUUCAAUCUGUCAUCCAGUUUUGAGUUUGUAUGAAAAUUCGCCCUGUUCCACUCGUUCAUACGGGAAUUGAAACGGUCAGUUGUGCUUAUUAUUCGUUCCAUUUCAUGCGUCCAGUGUGAACUCGGGGAAAUCAAUUGCGGAAAUUUCGGGAAGAUGGGGCGGGCACUUGCUGCCAACAGAGAAAAUAGUUUUCCAUUAUACCAAGAAAGUCGGUUUAAUUAUUGUUUCUUUAAAUAUUUUAUAGACGGAGACCUCUGUCCGAAGACAGUUGGAAUUUGAUAGAUUGAAAGUAAAUGGGUUAUCCUUGGAUGACGUCAGUAGGAACAAAAAGCGCAAUUGCGGUAAAUUAAACAUAACAAGACGCUCUACGCGUUAACUCGCUGGGGCUAUACAACUACGCACAUUACUGUACAAUGUACAUGAUACAUACAGUACACAGCUCUUUCAAUUGAGAUUUAAGGUUUUCCCCAAGCUAAGCGGAAAAGUCGAAUACGAGCGCGAAAGGCUUAAUAACACAGUGACUAAAAUGCGGUAGGCCCUACAAGUAAAGUUAUAUUUAGUACGCUACAUUCUUCUUCAAAACUGUCAGCCGCCAGUUGGUCUAGGAUUUAUACUGCGCUUUAAAACGUUCAAAAUAAAAUAUUUUGGGGCUUUUGGGCUCAAAAUACUAUCAAAAUGAAGCGAGAAGUGAGACGAAUCCACUGGUAUACGACCGAAAAAGAGAAAACCAAUGAUACCAAAGUUAUCAAGGGUCAAACGUACAGGGUACUGCAUUUUUUAUAAUUAGUUUAAUAAUUUUGAGCGAUUGGCAACAAUACAAUUUCGCUUGGCUUUCAAAGACAAAGGCCCUAAAUCGCUAGAACACUGUUGUUUAGUCUGUAAUACAUUUGACAUUCGUAAUUAGUACAAUUUCUAACGCUGAAUCGAACGGUGGUAUUUUUAUCCUUAUUGGGCCAUUAGGCAUUACAAAUACACUAUGAAACGUACUGCGAGCGAUUUGUCAACAAAUAUAAUUUCGUUUGAUUUUCAAUUCGAAGGCCAUAGGCCUAAAUCGCUAGAAUACUGGUGCUUAGUAAGACAUUUGACAUCCAUAAGUACAAUUUCUUACGCUGAAUCGAACGGUGGUAUUUUUAUCCUUAUUGCGCCAUUUCUAGGCAUUACAAAUACAAGGACAAACCUGUGGACAAACGUAGUGUAAGUGAUUUGUUAUCAAUAAUACGUACUGCGAGCGAUUUUUCAACAAUACAAUUUCGCUUCAUUUUCAAAGGCCAUAAAUCGCUAGAAUACGGGUGUUUAGUAAUGCACUUGACAUCCGUAAGUACAAUUUCUUACGCUGAAUCGGUGUCGCUUUCUUCUCAAAAUAUAAAGCAGCGCAGUCAAACGUAUAAACUUUUAUAAACUUGCGAUUUGCGAAGGUUGCUGUUUCCAUGCGAAAUUCCUUGUAAAAUUGUUCAAUUUUCCCGAAUUUUCCUCAAAAUGGAGGGCUAUUUAUGGAUAAUUUGGGUAAAAUUGGCAGGAGCCUUAUGGAUAAUUGGGGGAAAAUUAGGCAGCUCAUUAAUAUACUAUUUUGUGGCUAUCAACGACUAUUGGAGAUUGCCGAUCCACUAAAUGGUGCCGAAACCUAUAAUCGCCUGGGGCACAGAGUGCCCCAGCGAGUAAUUACUAGAACAUAAUGAGAGAUCAAAACAAUGCAUUUUUAUGCCGAAACAGGAUAGUUAAACUGUAUCUGUUUAGUAGUGUACGUGUUCUUGAAGUAUCCACUAAAGAAAAAAUACAUCUACCGGUAUAUAACGUUCAGUUAGGGAUGGUGCGCAGUUGUCACUAACACUUACGUUUGUCUGAACUUAAUUUGAUUUGGUAUCUCUUCAGGCCUUUUGAUUUUAUUUAUAUCUACUGUAUUAUUGCUGACUUACCGUCAAUGCAGUAUGUUAACCUCUUGGUGACGAUUAACUGAAUAAUCGGCUUGUAUUAUUAUUUUAUUUUACAGACAAUAUGGAGAUGGUGAAUAAUCCGCCGACUGAGACUGACCCAAAAAGACCAAAAACUGAGUCAAAUUACAUUCAAAGUCAGAUCGACUUGGAUAAAAGUAAAGGAAAUUUAAAGGUAAUCCUAUUGUUUACCUGUGACCAGAAUGUUGAGAUUUUGUAAUAAUGGUGAGUAAUGAUGAUGGGCACAGGAAAGAACCAACUAAACUGAAUGUCCUUGUACGGGGAUAGGUUUUCGGAUCGUCGGAUUCCGCUGAAAAAAUUGUUCUGGUUUUGGAUCUGGAGAAUAUUUUACACGGAUUUGCUAAUUUGCGGAUCUUAUUAAUACAGCGGAUUUGCGGAUUUAUCUAAUAUUUUGGCUCAGAUUGUGUGGAUUUUGCUUGCAAUUUCGGAUCCUGGAUUGUGACUUCAUAGUAGAGCUUUUAGCGGAUCCAAAUUUAGGGAAAACCAUUGACGGAUCGGCGGAUUUUGCUUCAAAUUUUGCGCGUAGGUACAGUAUACCCCUAUUCACCCCCCCCCCCCUGUACUCUAACAGGAGAAUGGCAACCCACACAGGAGAAUGGCAGCACACUUUUCCUGUAAAAUAAUAUAGUUUAGUGUACCACCAAUACUGACUGAUAUUGACAUAUUAACAUCUCUUCUUCUAUCCAGGAACAGUUUCCAGCUGGUCAGUUGAUCUGGGGAAAAUUAAGAGGUUUUGAUUGGUGGCCUGGUAUGGUUGUUGAACUGAAAUGUCAGACGGAGAGCCAGCUUGAUGAUGUCUGGGUGAAAUGGUAUGGAGACAACAAGUUCUCUAAGGUACAGUAAAAUAUCUUAUUUUAAAAUUAUCAUUUUCAAUAUUUUCAAGAUUAAAGGUUAAGAUGUCCAAUACCGUUAAAAUACCAUGGCACAAAAGAAUCAAUCUUUUAACGCCGGGUUAAUUGUUUCACUUCUAAUGUUAAUAUGUCGUAACCAUGCAUAAGUUGGAGAUCAGUUGGAGACCAUAAGUAUAUGGCCCAGGCUUUUAGCUCAAGACUACUAGAAAUGUUUUCUUGUGCUCAAUUGUUUGUAAUCUAAUCCAAUUUAUUAUAGUCAUUUAUAAAAUUGGAAGCUAGGAAUUGAAAUGAAUAUUACAGUAAAUCAAUGUCGGUAAAUCGAAUACAGAUUCUGCUUUGAUUAACCGAACAGUUCUCUCAGCUUAUCUCUUAUGUUAGAUAAACAUGGAGGACACUCAUAAUUACAGUAUGUCUAUAUCUGUUUGGUAUAGUAAUACGAUUAAACAAUUGCUUGUUUUUUUUCUAAAUCCUGAAAUUGGUUUUGCUCAAGAUUUGCCAAACAUUCGAAGAUGUAGCAUAUUACAGCUACCUCCUCCGCAGGCCAUACAGCCCGUAAUGAGUAUGCCCGUUCGCAGGUUAAAAUUUGAAAUCUGAGACGAAGGCCACCAAUUUUCGCCUCCCUAUAUUUUUGAAAGGCCUGCGGAGGAGGUAGGUAUUACAGUAUAAUUAUAAGUCUUAUAAUAGCAACAGAAAGAUAAGCGAAUGACAUUAAAAAUGACAGGAACUUCAAUAACCAAUUGUAUAGUAAAGUCAAAUUAAUGCAAGCAACAAAACUGCUCUUUGUACACGAAAUUUUAGUUCAGAUUAAAAAUAUGUGAAGUUUUUGUUUGAUAUAAACAGGCAUUGGCUUUAAGUAUUAGAUUAGCAUCUUGAAACUCAAGAUACGAGUCAAAACAAGACGAGAAUGAGAUUGGGAAAGUUCGAAUUUAUUUCAAAAUUAACUAAAUAUAAAUAUAGAGUUUUUACACAGUACUAGCUAGCUUGUAUAAAAGACUUUGUAUAUUAUGUAUUGUAAAGAAAGUGUAGAAAUUACUUGACGUAUGCAUGUCAGCUAUUGAUCCUUGUCAGUAAUGACAUGUGUUUUUUUUCUUUUGUUUAUUAUAGCUUCUUAAGAAUGAAAUAGUUUUAUUUCGUCACUUUGGAUCAAAAUUUUUACAUUCAAAAUGGAAGGGGGUGUACAAAAGAGCGGUUGUUUCUGCACUAGAGGUAGGUCUGUGAAAGUAUGACUGAUUUUGUUACUUAUUUCUGGGGCAGGACUUUCGUAUUGACCUGACGAAACAACCUGUUAUGAAUCCUUUUCGGGUUGUUUAGACACAAAUAGUGAUGUACCCAUAAUUGGGCGAUACCAAUAUUCCAUUCUACUUCGAAAUUCACAAGUGACAGUUGAACUACUGUAGCUGUAGAAACCUCAUCAUCAUUAUGAGGGGAGAGUGACCAAUCAUGCAUUAACACUUAUCAUACAUGCAUACGUACAUUGAUAACAUCUCUGAUUAUGGCUAUAUAUUGAAUUGAUAUUGAUACAUUCCUGUCACUGAGUUUUGUUACAACCAACCUGGAAUCCGAAAUAUACUUUAAAUUUAAAAUAUGUUGUAUAAAUUUGUUAUAAUACAAUACCGAUAAUAUCGGCGACAAAAAUACCGAUAGCGAUAUUUUGAAUUUAAAGCCGAUUAUCACUAGACACAAACCACGCCAGUUUCUUAAAUUCUGCACAUGUGAUAUACCUCAUCUAUACGCUUGCAUUAGGUUGCAGUGUCUCGAAGUAACCAUCAGUUCCAAAACAAUGCUGACAGCAGUGAUAAACCUAGCAGAGACGACCGAGCAAAGUUAUUAUUGGACUGGGCACUAGAUGACUUCAAACCGGGUGGACCUGAAGCGUUUGAAACUAUUAAAGGUCGGUAUUCACAUGUAUUAGUCACAUUCACUUAG